AUGGAUGGUAAAAAUUUGAAAUGGAUAUCGUUGAUUGUAUUAAUCUUUCAAACGACAUUUCUUGUGCUAAUAUUACAUUAUUCACGUGUUCAGAAAAUCGAUGGACCAAGGUAUUUAUCAUCGACAGCAGUGGUCAUCGCGGAAAUAAUUAAGCUGCUUACAUGCAUCGUCUUCAUUGCAUAUCAGCACUCCUGGGAAUAUGUGGAAUUUAUGAAUGAACUUUACACAGAAUGCUAUAUCAAGUCAAAGGAUACCUUGAAAAUGGCUGUUCCAGCAUUUUUGUACGUCGUGCAAAACAAUCUUCUUUUUAUCGCUUUAUCGAAACUUGAUGCAGCUACUUAUCAGGUAACUUAUCAAUUUAAAAUCCUCACGACAGCAAUAUUUUCCGUAACAUUGUUAGGGAGGAAAUUGAACAGUCAAAAAUGGAUAUCACUAUUGUUGCUGACAGUUGGAGUCGCUCUAGUGCAAUUACCCACGGAUUUGAAUAAAGUGACAUCAUCAACAGCAAAAUCUUUUCUAUCAACAGAUGCGGAUAAGAUGGUCGGAUUGUUCACUGUCAUUGCGGCAUGUUUUUUGAGCGGUUUUGCAGGUGUCUAUUUAGAGAAAGUAUUGAAAAGUUCGACAUCACUUUGGAUGCGAAAUUUACAACUUGCAUUCUUCAGCAUUAUUGGUGGAUUUUUUAUGGUCUGGUUUUACGAUUCUGAGCAAGUAAAUGAAUAUGGUUUUUUCCAAGGAUAUAACAGCAUAAUUUGGAUUGUUGUUUUGCUCCAGGCUUACGGAGGGUUUAUUGUGGCUUUGGUAGUAAAAUAUGCUGAUAACAUACUGAAGGGUUUUGCUGCAUCGUUUUCAAUCAUACUAUCCAGCUUAAUGUCCUACUGGUUGCUGGAUGAUUUCCAACCAUCAUUGAUUUUUGCUUUUGGUGCAGCGGUUGUCAUUUUAGCGUCAUUUUUUUAUGGAUAUGAAUCAAAACAAAUACCCAAAUUAGUACAAUCAGAAAAUUGA